AUGAAGGUUGCAAUUGCAGGCUACGGCGAUUUAACUCGCUACAUCUGUGAAGAAUUCGUCCGAGCUGGCCAUGAACUUGUCAUUCUUACCCGAAGCUUCAAGCCACAGAUCGAAAACCCCGGCAUCUCUCAGGCCAUUACGGACUAUACCACAUCAUCUCUGAAAGCCCCGUUGGCUGGCUGUGAGGUCUUAAUUUCAACUAUCGGUGACAUGUCGAAUGCUUACACCAGCGUCCAUCAUACACUUAUACAAGCCUGCCAGGAGAGCCCAAAGUGCAAACGCUUUAUUCCCGCUGAGUUUGCUGUAAACAUCGAAACUUACCCGGAUGAGCCUGGCUUCUACUAUGCUAUACAUGAGCCUGUCCGUGAGACGCUGCGAAACCAGACAAAUUUAGAGUGGACGCUGGUGUGCAUCGGCUGGCUAGCAGACUACUUUGUGCCAAGUAAGAAUCGUUACAUCAAAGAUAUCGACGAGUGCCACCCUAUUAACUGGAAAGCCAACAAGGCUGUGAUUCCCGGAACUGGGAAUGAGCCUGUUGAUUUUACAUGGGCAAGGGACGUUGCGAAAGGGCUCGCCUCGUUGAUACAAGCGCCCACUGGCUCAUGGGAGCCCUAUACUUUCAUGUCCGGGGAACGAAGCUGCUGGAAUGAUAUGGCCGCGCUUAUAAAGGAAAAAUAUCGUCCUGAUAUGCCGAUUGAGCAUGUCUCGCUUCACGCCACGGCCAAUAUGAUCAAAGCAGCCGAAGACGAGGAUACGUUAAUUUUGGCUGACUAUUACCUUUUAUCAAUUAGCCAGGCAUGUGCAAUUCCUCAGGAUAAGGCUAAGGCCCAUAAAGAAAAAUUCUUUCCGCAUAUUCACUUCCGGACUUUGCAAGAGGGUCUCUCCCACUUCGACGAGAAGCCCAAUUCCAUCAUGUGA